AUGUCCAAGGGCGCCGAUGAGAAAGUACAGGCGGAGCACGAAGGAUCAAGGGGAAAAGAGACGUAUACUCCUGAAGAAGGAUCGGCUCCUAGGAAAGGCCGUGGGCUUUUAAACGUUCCGUCAAGAUCAUCGUCGCAAAAGAUACAAUCGUCGCCGGCGACAACGGGCCUAAGCGGGACGACCGCAGACGAUCCGAGGGAUAGCAUUGGUGGCCAUUCCAAGGAAUCAAAGCACAGCAUGCUCGGCCGGCGUCGGAACGGUAGUGCAUCCAGCAAUCACUCUGGAGCUGCCACGAAUCCCACGACUACACCAACUACGACCCAGCCCAAUUCUCCGGCUGGAGCUCCCCAACGGCGGAAAAAGGGCGGCCUAUUGGCACUUCUUGGCUGCUGCGUUGUUCCUAAUAACGCCAACGCCCUCGAAGGCGGUGAUGAUCCACUCCCCUCUCACAAACUAGAUAAGAUCCCCCAACGGCCAUUAACAUCUAGUCGGCCACCAUCUGAGCAGACCAGUGGUAGCAAGAAUCACCUCUACGAGAAAGAGAAGGAAUCGCAACCUCAGUCAAGCACUUCUGCUCAAGACACCAAAUCGGCCAAGCGAGCCUCCGCCGCUACUACGCAGGAUCAGUCGACAGUCGGUGACCGUGAGAGUGAGUCGAAGCAAACUACCCUGGUCGGUGUACCGGGCCCUAGCAUCACGGUUAACCCUCCGGUUAUAGAGGAUCAUGAAGCGGAGGCGGUUCCCGCCGAAGGCGCUUCCAGCAAAGACGUUGACGGCGAUGUUGAAAUGGGUGGCGCACAAGCAGCUACAAGUGAAUCCGCCAAGCAGCCUGCCGUAGGAAACGACGAGCAAUACCAGAAGCCAGUCCCCCCACCGCCGCCUGGACCGAUACCCGUUGUCGCCGCCGCCCCAAUUGCGCCAGAGGACAAGUCUGUCGACGUCGAACAAGGGAUACAGAAGUAUCUUCUACCACCUGUCGAGCCCCAUCUCAAGGGCAGGAAAUGUCUCGUGCUGGAUCUGGACGAGAUACUAGUACACAGCUCUUUCAAGAUACUGCAUCAAGCUGACUUUACGAUACCGGUCGAGAUUGAAGGCAACUACCACAAUGUAUACGUCAUUAAGCGACCGGGUGUUGAUCAGUUCAUGAAGCGGGUGGGCGAGCUUUAUGAAGUCGUAGUUUUUACGGCCUCCGUCUCUAAGUACGGCGACCCUCUUCUUGACCAACUCGAUAUACACAAGGUCGUUCACCACCGAUUGUUCCGUGAGAGUUGUUAUAAUCACCAAGGAAACUACGUCAAGGACCUCUCCCAGGUCGGCAGGGAUCUCAAAGAUACCAUAAUUAUUGACAACUCUCCUACUUCUUACAUAUUUCACCCUCAGCACGCGGUGCCGAUCAGCAGUUGGUUCUCGGAUGCGCACGACAAUGAGCUAUUAGAUUUGAUACCCGUCCUCGAAGAUCUGGCCGGGUCUAAUGUCCAGGACGUCAGCCUAGUUCUCGAUGUCACUCUUUAA